AUGACAGGCGUGCAGGGCGUGAAGAAAGCUGUCAAAUAUGCCAAACCGUCGGCCAAGCUUCUCAAUUCCAGGUUGAAACAAGAACAAGAUAUAAGAACAGAAAGGAACAAGCUGGCGUUGGCUUCAGUGAAGGAUAUUUUUUCCAUUUUUAACGUCAACGCAGGUAGUGAUGAAGAUUUUGACUUGACUGACUUUGACUGUAAAGUUUAUUUUGCAAAUCCAAGGGCGUUUGAAAAACUACCAUUUUUUAAACAGCAACAUGUUAUUGAUGAGAUGAAUGAGAAAUUAAAGAAAAAUUGGAAAGGGAUUGAUAAAGAUAUCAAGAGGUUCUCGCUUUGGUGGGCCUAUGGGAGCCAUGGACCUAGGGAAGGAUUUGUGGAAUUACACGAUUACCAUACUCCAUAUGGUGUCGAAUUGGAAGGCGUUGAUAGCUCAAAAGUUGGAAGUAAUGAAAAGUCUGUUGAUAACAUAAAAAGUGUGCAUGAGCACACAAAAUUGGAUGAAAUCGUUGAACAAAUUUCACAUGACACAGCUGAAGUAUCGAGUGAAUCGUCGAGAUCUGCCUUAAGAAUGACCGACAAUGAGCUAGAUUCAGCGAAACUCAAUAAAAGGCCAGAUGUUCCACCUGAUCUACCAUUUAAAUUACCUUCUAUUUUGAAGACUUUCAAACCAACCAAAGAUACCAUUGUUCACAGACUUCCAACACUAGAUCCUCGCAGCUUUGGUAUUCGGAGACUCCAACAAUACAGGCAAGAUAGAAGGAUGAAUCCAAUCAACCGGAUUAUUUUGGUUUUGCUUGUAUUUUUAACUGUUUUAUGUUUCAAGAAAGAUCGUAGAGUCAAUGUUACAGGAGUUGUUCCGGAGUAUCCGUGGGAGAUUCAGGAGAGAGAGGAAAGAGAAGAGGCAGAAAGAAAACUAAAGCAAGAGGAGGAGGAGGCGGCUGCCCUAUUGGCACGAGAGCAAAAGAAUGGGCAAACGCACUCCACGGGUAAUAAGAGAUGGUACUAUCUUUGGUUACGUUGA